GAUCGGAUGGGAUCGGUCUUUUGGUGUGGCUCGGUUUGGCCCGGCAGCUGCAUUUAUUCGCAUUUGGCUCUUGCGUCCGUGGAGUUGCAGAGAAAAGCAAAGAACGAGAAGAAAAAUAGCUAAGAAAUAUCUGAGAGAUUCGCCAGCAUGAAUGUGGAGAAGCUGAAGCGGCUGCAGGCGCAGGUGCGCAUCGGUGGCAAGGGCACGCCCCGUCGCAAAAAGAAGGUCAUGCACCAGACGGCGGCUACCGAUGACAAGAAGCUGCAGAGCUCGCUCAAGAAGCUAUCCGUUAGCACCAUACCCGGCAUUGAGGAGGUCAACAUCAUCAAGGAUGACCUCACGGUCAUACAUUUCAAUAAUCCCAAGGCGCAGGCAUCGCUCUCGGCCAAUACGUUCGCCGUCACCGGCCACGGUGAGACGAAGAAGAUUGUCGAAAUGCUGCCGGAGAUUCUGCCACAGCUGGGCCAGGAGACGGUCGUACAGUUGCGCAUGUAUGCCAACUCUAUGUCCAAUAAUCAGAAGGCCACGGCCGACAGCGGCACAGCUGCAGCUGCAGCUGGCGAGGACGAUGAUGAUGAUGAUGUGCCCGAUCUGGUGGGCGACUUUGAUGAGGUGGCCAAGCUGGAGGCGAACAAGCAGCAGGAACAAGCAGCUGCCGGCCAGGGAAAGGCGCAGCAGCCAAAGCCAGCCACAGAGAAGCCCAAGGAGGCCAAGAAAACCAACAAGGCAGACAACAAGGCGGACAAACAGCAGCAGCAGAUGCCGUCCGGUAAACAGGAGCGCAAGAAGCAGCAGCCACAGAUGGACAAGAAGAGCGAACCACAGAACAAUAAGGAGGCACAGCCUGCUGCCAAGGAGGAACAGCCGAAAACUGCAGCAGUUGCUGUGGACACUCAAAAAAAGGAAACCAAGAAGCCAUCACCGGAGCCCAAAGCAGAGCAGCCCAAGCCGGUCGAGCCGCCGAGCCAAAUCGCAGCACCUGCUCCAAUCCCCAGCCCAGUCGCAGCAGUGCAGGCGAAGACCCCGCCUGCUGUGCAAACAUUGGCACAAAUCGUAGCCGCUGAGCCGGCCAAGCCGGCCGAGAAAAAAGAGAUCCCAGCCAGUGCACCGGCUGAGCAGAAGCCAGCUCCAGCGCCAGCCAAGGUGGAACUGAAAGCUGAAGCAGGCGCUGCCAAGCAGGAGCAGAAAACAACCACAGCUGAGCCUGAGAAGAAACCGGAGCCCAAACCGAAGGAAGCCAGUCCACAACAGGCUACUCCGCCGCCAGUCAAGCAGGCAGCACCAAAGCAAGUGACGCCACCACCGGCAAAACAGGUCACGCCACCAGCAGAAGCUAAAGCCUCAGUGGAACAACUGAAGCCACAGCCAGCUGCAACUACGGCUAAGCCGGCAGAGAAGAAACCAGAGGAUGUUAAGGCGGCAGCACAACAGGCAGCUCCCAAGCAAGUGACGCCAUCUACGGAGCCCAAAAUUACCGUCGAGCAACAACAAAAAGCCGCAACUCCUGCUCCAGCAGCAGCAUUACCACUAGUUGCCUCAGCGGCAGCUUCAGCUGUAGCAGCAGCUCUAGCUCCAAUUACACCACCAGCAGCAGGCCCGGGAACAGCCCCAGCUCAGACAGCAGCUCUAAUUACAGCAGUUCCAGCUCCAACAGUAGCUCCGGCUCCAACUGCAGCUCCAGCAGCAGCUCCAGUUCCAACAUCAGCUCCAGCUCCAAUAACACCACCAGCUGCAGCUCCUGCUAUAGCUCCUACUGCACAACCAGCUGCAGCUCCAGAUCAAAUUGUAACACCAACAGCAGCUCCUGCUACUGCAUCAGCUCCUGCUUCACCACCAGCAGCAAUUCCUGCCGUAGCACCGCCAACCGGAGCUCCAACAGCAGCUCCAGCAACUGCUCCUGCUGCAACUCCAGCAGCAGCAGCUGCUCCAACACCAGCUCCUGCUACCCUACCAACAGCAGGUCCAACUCCUGCUGCAUCACCAGCAUCUGCUCCAUCACCAGCUCCUGCUGCACCAAAAGCUGCAGCUGCAGCUCCAAAAACCGCAGCUGCUGCGAAUGGCAAAAAACAGGAAGCAGCUCAAAAGUCCAAGCAGCCUAAGCCUGGCCAGACACAACAGCAAACCCAAAAGCAGCCACAGCCCAAUAAACCACAACAACAACAACAAAAGCAGACGGCAGCCAAGCCCACAGUCGCACCCAAACCUGAGACGGCAUCUGCCAAGCCAGCUGGACCGAAGCAGCCCGCAGGCGCAGCAGGCACUCAGCCGCAACAGCAGCAGCAGGGCAAGGGCAACAAGGCAUCGCCACCAAAGCAGCAGCCAGCAGCUGCCAAAUCUAAUCCCCAGCAGCAGCAGCAGCAGCAAAAGGCUGGCGAUGGCAAGCCCAAGACGCCGGCAAACACGCCCAAUUCGCAGGCCUCGCCCAAGGCGUCGCCAUCACCCAAAGCGGGCGCUUCGCCCAAGUCGACAUCCCCCAAGGCGGGCACACCGACGACCCCCACAGCUGUCGCCCAGCCACAGCCAGCACCGGGCACUGGUGGCGCCAAUUAAAUAUGAUUUCAAUGCAUUUUCAAAAAGCAACGUUCGACGCUGCAAUCGCAGCCGAGGUAUCGAUAGCGUGCUGCAAAUGCAACGCUGCAGUUUAUCGAUAUUGCCGAUACGAUUUUUAUUUUGUGACGAUUACAUUUUCUAUUGAAAAAUAAACAA